AUGGGCGAAGCUUCUUUCUGCAACGAACACAACCACGCCGCCAAGAUGCCCGCCCACCUCUCCGAGUACACGGCACCCGUCUUGUCGUCGUUUCAGGAACUCGAAGCCUCCACCAAACAAGGUCAGACCAUCCAGCUCGACGGACAUUCUUUGCGACUGAGCGAUGUUAUCGCGAUCUCAAAGUAUGACGCUCAAGUCACCGUGACGGAUGACCCCGAAGCCCUGUCUCGCAUGAAGGACAGUGUUGCGCUACUUGAUACAAGACUGGCUGAAGGCCGUGUCGUGUACGGCGUCAACUCAGGAUUCGGAGGCAACGCGGAUACGCGCACAAACGCGCAUGAAGAUCUCCAGAAAGCACUCGUCCAGCACCAGAACACUGCGGUUGUUUUGCCGUCAGACAAGGGCAAAGAAUGCUCAUCCAUAAUCCGCAGCCUUCCGUCACACUCUAUCCCCAUCCCAAUCGUCAAGGCCGCGAUGGUCGCGCGAUGCAACUCGCUUAUUCGGGGUCACUCUGCUGUUCGUAUUGAGAUUGUGCGCAAUCUGGCGACGAUGAUCAACGAGGAUUACACGCCUGUUGUGCCGCUCCGUGGAAGUAUCUCUGCUUCGGGCGAUUUGGCGCCGUUGUCAUAUAUUGCGGGUGCAUUGGAAGGAAACUCGGAUAUCUAUGUCCACUGCGGUGAGAAGAGAGGGAAUGGGAUUGUGCCUGCGGACAAGGCGCUCCAGGAGCUUGGACUUGAGCCGUUGACGUUCGGUCCUAAGGAGGCGCUGGGGCUGCUCAAUGGAACAGCGUUCAGUACCGGUGCUGCAAGUCUGGUUCUCUUCGAAGCAAACCAGCUUGUCCUACUCACGCAGGUCAUAACCGCGAUGUCCACUGAAGCUCUUCUCGGCACGAAGCGUAACUUCGACCCCUUUAUUGCAGACGUCCGUCCCCACCCAGGCCAGAAGGAAGUUGCCGCAAACAUCUACCGUUUCCUGUCCGACUCUCAGCUGAUCACAGACCACGACCAUUCAGCCUCUGACAAUGACCUCGCCCAGGACCGCUAUGCGCUGCGAACCGCCUCUCAAUGGAUAGGCCCGCAUGUCGAGAACAUAGCCCUCGCCCUCUCGCAGGUGUCGGUCGAGCUCAACUCCACAACCGACAACCCGCUCUUCGACGCCGCAAACAACGAGAUCCACCACGGCGGAAAUUUCCAGGCCAUGUCCAUCACGACCGCCAUGGAAAAGACCACCAGCGCCAUUCAGUCCCUCGGUAAACUGCUCUUUGGGCAGUGCUCUGAACUCAUCAACCCCAUGCUCAGCAAGGGCCUCGCUCCGAAUCUGUGCGCCGAUGAUCCCUCCUUGUCAUUCGCCUUGAAGGGCGUUGAUAUCAACAUGGCCUCUUAUAUGUCCGAGCUCGGAUACCUGAACAACCCAGUCAGCAACUUCGUACAAACAGCCGACGUGAGCAAUCAAACAGUGAACUCGCUGGCCCUAAUCGGGGCGCGGUAUGCCGCAGACGCGGUAGAAGUGUUCUCCCUUAUGGUGGCUAGCCACAUCUACGCUCUCUGCCAGGCCGUUGAUCUCCGUGAGAUCCACAAGACCUUCGAGGCAGCCGCGCGUACGGAAGCCGUCAAGGUCACAUCGGAUCUUUUCGGCAAGACCCUUACAGAUGCCGGCAUCAACGCGUUAUGGAGUGAGAUCAUGCGCCACUGGAACCGCACCGCUACCCUUGACCUAGAACAGCGCGCCCCAACCGCUGUGUCCCAAACUAUGGGCACACUCAUCACCCUCCUUACCAGCAAAUCCGCCUCCGUCGACGGCAAUCUCGUCGCCAAAUGGCAAUCCACUGUCACCAACAUACUCAAGCACCACUGCGCGUCAAAUCGAAAGGCAUACUUCGCUAACCCGCCAACCGGGAAGUUGCUUUGCUCGUCUUCGGCGAAAAUCUACAACUACGUUCGCGGAACGCUGAAGGUGCCUAUGCACAAGGGUCUCGUGGAUCACCCGACCUAUGUUUCUGAUGGUGAGGAUGGCGCUGGCAAGAAGACUAUCGGCACGCAUAUUGGUACUAUCUAUGCUGCUUUGAGAGAGGGACAGUUCAUGUCUGUUCUUGCGGAGUGUUGGGCUUAG